UGAUUUUGAGUCGAGCGUACUGCUACCUCCUCAAAGCACUAUCGACAUGCCAUAACCAAUUAUGCCGCAUCAGGAAACAAGAGCGAUCCGACUGUAAAAAUUCGCAUCGAGUGGAUCGGUCGGUGGAGCCCUUCUGAAAGUGGAUGGCCGAGUCUCAGGUACCAGUCGAGUCGUUCAUCAUAAUAGUCAGGGUCACAGCCUUGUUCCCUUAGACUGAUUGAAGAGUCUCUCUUCUUUUUCAUCGCACAUCCCUCUCUGCACUUUUUUUCCUGCUACACACUAAUGCCAUUGGAACAUCAUGGGUCAUGCGGGUUUCUCCGCUGCCCAGCCGAGAUCCUGAACUUGGUGUUUGGCAUGCUUUCAACAGCUGAACUCAGGGCACUAGGCCUCGUCAAUAAGGAUUUAUGCGCACUUUUUGAGCCAUAUUUCUAUUCCAAAAUCGAUUGGAUCUGGCGAGAAGAUCACGCUCCUCCCCCAAUCACACUACUGCUACGAACAAUCAUCAGCAGACCUCAGCUAGCUGCUCACACCACCAGUUUCCAAUUUCAGAGCCUUCCAGCCUACUGCUGGGAGUGGAAUAAGUUUGCAGGUCAAAAGAUUUCUGUUCCUGUUGCUGAAAUAGACGAAUUCAUUACAUUCGUCCAGAGGACUGGCAACGGUACUCCGGAUGCUAUGCUUGCUCUACUCUUAGCACAACUGUGGAACCUGAGAAAUGCUUUCCAGUCGGCCAUCUGCGAGCCUGCGAUGUAUAGAUUGCCAGACUUUAAGCAUCUCCAAACUGUGUCUUUCCAGUCCUAUGACGAUUCCGGCGCUCUGUGCACGGCGUUAAGGUCUCGAGGCCAGAGACCGUUGGGUCAAUCACUUGUCCUCCCAUUCUUCUACUUGCCAGACGUCCAACGCAUUUCGGCCGCAAUUCAGAACACAGAUAAUUUCGCAUGGCCUGCAGCCUGCUUACCUAACCCAUCCAAGCUUACCUCGAUCUAUCUGGCCGACAUACGGGAAGCAAAUAUCGGCUCUCUGCUGUCCGUCACCCGCAACCUUCAAUCACUUCGUUGGACCUGGUAUUACGAUUAUGGUGUCCUCGAUGCUACUGUUGUGCCCAUUAUCAACCUAGAUGGGAUCGUGGCCGCAUUAUCCCGUGUUCGAAAUACUCUCACAGAUUUGACCAUCUUUGCUGAGGCUCCCAUUGGGGGUGAUGAUCCAUGCUAUCCAGCCGUGAAGGUACAGGGCUCGUUGCGUGAGAUGGUCGAGUUCGGCAAGCUCAAGAGACUACAAAUUCCGCUAGCAUUCCUGGUAGGGUUUGCGCAGGACACCACGAAACGGCUGCAGGAUGUCCUCCCACGGAACAUCGAAUACCUUUCUCUCACGGACGAGUUAGGGCUUCAGAAUGAGGAUGGAUAUGUUGAGGAAACCUGGCCGGUCUAUGAAUGGCAGGAUUUCGCCGUUUUGAUAUUAUUGCGGACGUGGCUGGAGGAUUGGAGAACCCACACACCCCACCUUCGAGGCGUUUCGUUGGUCUAUGAAGAACUAGAUACUAAUCAAGGCGAGUGGCCUCCCGAGUUAAGGCACCAGCUCACGGAGCUAGGCACUCAAGCUGGUAUACAGCUCGAGUUGGUUGAGUGGGUACGGCGUUGGUAA